GUGGACAGUAUCUCCGCCUGUCACGCGGAAGACCGGGGUUCGAUUCCCCGACGGGGAGUUCUUAUUAUGUUUUUCACAUUGAACACCUAAUAGACACAAAGGCAGUAUUAUUAGUUCAUAAUUAUUAUAUCAUCGAUUUUUAGGAGUCAGCAGCGUAGAGUAAGACGGGAGAGACCUCUACCGGAAGUCAAAAUGCUGUCAUUUGUGAUAGAUAGGUAGCCAGUUAGCUAGGUAGCUAGUUAGCCAGGUAGCUAGUAUGUAACUAGGUAGCCAUGUAGCUGGGUAGCCAUGUAGCUAGGUAGCUAUGUAGGUAUGUAGCUAUGUGGCCAGUUAGCGAGGUAGCUUGGUAGCUAGGUAGCUAGUAGCCAGUUAGCGAGGUAGCUAUGUAGCUAGGUAGCUAUGUAGCUAUGUAGCUAUGUAGCUAUGUAGCUAUGUAGCCAGUUAGCGAGGUAGCUUGGUAGCUAGGUAGCUAUGUAGCUAGUAGCCAGUUAGCGAGGUAGCCAGGUAGCCUGGAUUAACGAUAACAAUAAUCCCUCCACCACCUCUAUUAAAUUGUAGGAGUCAGAGCAAAGAAAUAUAAAGCGUGAGAGAGUAGCGCCAUCUACUGGAAAGUGGCAGCAAGAAUGGAACUUAAGGCUGUAGUGUGUAUGCCAGGCCUGAAGGGGGCAGUGGUGGCGAUGGUGGUCAGUGUUUGUCAUGGGCUCCAAAUUGCCGAUAUCACAGCGGUACCGGAAGACUUGUAAGUAUUGAUCAUCGAGGCAUCAAACAAGUGAAUAUGUCGACAUUUUUGAAGGAAAACAAGAGGAAUCCAACAGAAACCCGAUCCCAGACUGGGGCCGGGCUCCUUAAUGAAGAUCCUGACCUGUCAAUCACCCCGUGUCCUCUGAUGUCCUGGUGGACCUCCCACUUGAUCCGGAUUGAACCCCCGUGUGAUGGGCGUCUUUAUAAGGGAAUCACACACAUGCUCCUCCUCCUCCAGACUUCGGUUCCAGGCUGUGGGAACUCCCUGCUUGAUGAUCCGGAGGAGGGGGUCUCUGGGCUCAGUACCGUGGAGGCGUGGGUCUGGAGCGCACACAAGAGCUGACGGUGCGUUCACGGGCCCUCAAGUGCUUUACUUUCAGCCAAGUCGACCCGCAGGGAUGCAGUUGUAGCAAGAAAGAAAUUAAAAAAAAAAACAGAACAAAGAACCCCGAAGCCGCCAGACGACUCUAACUGCGAAUCGAGACCGACCUUCGAGUGCACUUUGAAGUACAAUGAGCUCCGGGGGAGUCAACCUCAAGACGCCGGGGCACGGCGCCGCCGCUGCCCGCUCGCUGCUGUGCUUCGCCGGGCUCCUGCUCGUGUCGGCUCCGGGCUGUGGAGGCUUCAACCUGGAUGUGGACAACCCGUCGGUUUACAGCGGAGCCCCGGGAAGCUACUUUGGAUAUGCGGUGGACUUUUAUUUGGCCGAUUCGUCCAGCGCCAGCGUGGUGGUGGGCGCCCCCAAGGCCGACACCCAGCAGAGCGGCAUCGUGGAGGGAGGAUCGGUCGCCUACUGCCCCUGGAGCCUCGGCCAAUCAGAUUGUCACACCAUCGAGUUUGAUACGGAAGGGGAUCGCGGCUUCCUGAUCAACGACACGCAACAUCAGAUCGACUUCAAGUCGCACCAGUGGUUCGGGGCCACCGUGCGUUCCCACGGCGACACAAUUCUGGCCUGUGCGCCGCUCUACUCGUGGCGGACUGAAAAGGACGUCGCACGAUCUGACGCCACCGGCACUUGCUACCUCUCGGUGCAGAACUUCACCAAAUUUGUGGAGUACGCCCCCUGCAGGACGGAAAUCAGCGACGAGGGAGGACAAGGCUACUGCCAAGGAGGAUUCAGCGCCGACUUCACCAAGGACGGGCGUGUGGUGUUGGGGGGUCCGGGGAGCUACUUCUGGCAGGGUCAGGUGAUCUCGGCACACAAGGAGGACAUCAUCAAGACGUACUACCCCGGCUACUUCAUGCAGUCUGUGGACGGUCAAGUCCAGACCAAGCAAGUCCAGGCUGAACACGACGACAGCUACCAAGGCUACUCCGUGGCUGUGGGCGACUUCAGCGGAGAUGGAGUAGAAGAUUUUGUGGCGGGUGUUCCCAAAGGAGUCAUGCUUUACGGAUUGGUGUCCAUCCUGAACGGAACAGACCUGAAGACCAUGAUUAACUACACCGGCGAGCAGAUGGGAUCCUAUUUCGGCUACGCCGUGGCGACCGCCGACGUCAACAGCGACGGGAUGAUGGACCUGCUGGUGGGCGCACCCAUGUUCAUGACGCGGGGCUCCGACGGCCGCCUGGAGGAAAUGGGCCGGGUUUAUGUUUACCUGCAGCGCGCCCCCUUGAACCUGGAGCUCCGCCUACCUCACCUCACCGGCUCUCAGGUGUUUGGGAGAUUCGGCAGCACCGUGGCGCCGCUGGGAGAUCUCAACCAGGACGGCUUCAACGACGUGGCCAUCAGCUGCCCUUUUGGUGGAGAAGACCAGCAGGGCCUGGUCUACAUCUACAACGGCUACCCUCAGGGCCUCCGAGAGAAGCCGUCCCAGGUGAUCGUGGGCCAGUGGGCCGCGGGUUCCCUCCCCGCCAGCUUUGGCUUUGCGCUCCGAGGGGCUGAGGACCUGGACAGGAAUGGGUAUCCGGAUCUGAUUGUUGGUGCUUUUGGCGUUGAUAAGGCAGUUCUCUACAGAUCCCGCCCCAUCGUCAACACCAGCGCCUCCCUGUCAGUCAACCCCACCAUGAUCAACCCCGAAGAGAAGAACUGCAUUAUCGCCCAAGGGAACACCAGCGUGGCCGUUUCCUGCGUCAACCUGAGUUUCUGCCUGUCCGCCGACGGGAAGCACCUACCAGACGUCCUCGACUUCCAGGUGGAGGUGCGGCUGGACAGUCAGAAGUUCAAACAGAAGGGAGCGGUCAAGCGAGCGCUCUUUCUGGACUCCCAGCAGCCUUUGCUGCAGAGGAGCGUGAGGGUGCGUCACGGCGAGGAAGAGUGCCACCACACCAAGAUCUACCUCCGAGAUGAGAAGGACUUCAGGGAUAAACUGUCCUCCAUCUUUGUGGCCUUGAACUUCAGCCUGGAUAGCGGCGCCGCUGCCGACUCGCACGGCCUGAGGCCCAUUCUCAACCAUCAGAACGCCAACGUGAUCGAACAGAAGGCUCAGAUUCUGCUGGACUGCGGAGAAGACAACAUCUGCGUUCCCGACUUGAAGCUGGCGGUCCAAGGGGACAGGAAGGAAGUGUACCUGGGCGACGACAACGCCCUCACCCUCACCUUCAACGCCAGGAACGAGGGCGAGGGCGGCGCGUACGAGGCGGAGCUCUACGUGGUGCUGCCCCCCGAGGCCGACUACAGCGGCAUCGCCCGCAAUAACGAGAGCUUGACCCAGCUGACCUGCAGCUACGAGACCGAGAACCAGACCCGAUACCUCAGCUGUGACCUGGGAAACCCCAUGAAGUCUGGAACCAGCCUGUGGGCAGGUCUUCGCUUCACAGUUCCUCGCCUGAAGGACACGCACAAAACGGUCCAGUUCGAGCUGCAGAUCCGCAGUAAGAACCUGGACAACUCCCACAGCGAGGUGGAGUCGUGCAAGCUGGAGGUGGUGGUCCAGGCUGAGGUCAUCCUGCAGGGGGUGUCUCGGCCAGAUAAGGUCUUCUUCCCGCCCGCCAACUGGAAGGUGACCAAGAACUACGCGGUGGAGCAGGAAGUGGGGCCGGCCGUGGAGCACAUCUACGAGCUGGUGAACAACGGGCCGGGUCGCAUCAGCCACACCCUGCUGGAGCUGCGCUGCCCGCUGGCCGCCCAGGGCCACGGUCUCCUCUACCCCCUGGAGUUCUCCACCGAGGGCCCCAUCAACUGCAGCGCCGACGGCAACGUGAACCACCUUCGUCUCAAGCUGCAGCACGCGCCGACAGAACCGCCUCACUUGGCGCUCAAAGCGGCCGAGCAUCGCGUGGAGAAGAGGGACGUCCACAGGAACGCCCCCCCGCUCUCUCACCUCACCAACCUGUCGUGUUCCAAUGUGGACUGCUGGGCCCUGCGGUGCCAGGUGGGCCUGCUGGAGAAGGGGACCACCGCCAUUCUCAAAGUGCGCUCCCGCAUCUGGGCGGAGACUUUCAUGGAGAAAGCCUACAAGCAGUACGUGCUGGAGUGUGUUGCCAGAUACAGCGUGAAGACCAUGCCCUACGCCAUCAAGCCCAGACAUCUUCCUAGUGGACACAAGAAGGUGGUGACUCCGGUGGUUUGGAACAAGCCCGAUAUCGACAACUCCGUCCCGCUGUGGAUCAUCAUCCUCGCCAUCCUGGCGGGUCUGCUGCUCCUCGCCCUGCUCAUCUACAUCCUAUACAAGCUGGGCUUCUUCAAGCGCUCCCUCCCGUACGGCACGGCCAUGGAGAAAGCCCAGCUCAAACCCCAGGCCGCCUCCGAAGCCUGAGAGCACCCCUCCGGACCCUGCAGGACCCAGAGACCCAGAGACCCAGGCCACGUGAUUGCAGGCAGAGACCACUGGAACUGGUGUGGACCGAAGACAAUACGACCAUCCUUCAAACCAAAUGAAUGUGUUUUUUUUUUUUGCAAUGGAGUUUUCACCCCUAGAGCAUGCUGGGUAAAAAAAAAAAAAGCCUCCAGCGUCCAAAGAGGAAAACGCGGGUAUGAAAAAGUGCUUGGGGUCCAUCCAUGAUGAGGGACCAUGACGACCACGAUGGCGGCUCGCAUCGCUUCAGUUGUUUUUGCACUCAAAGGAAAUCUACUGAUUGGCUAACAAAGACGCCAAAGACUGACUCCGCCCUCUUUUUUUAUUUUUAUUCCUCAACCGGCCUGCUACUGAUGGUUCUAUUCCCGAGACUUCUCCAGGUGCUUCUUUGUGUGGGCGGACUCGAAGGUGACAGUCGGCAGCCCGGUAGCGUGCUAAGUUGUUAGCGUGUAGCCGGCGUCUUGUUACUGUGACAAAGUACUCGGCGUAGUACUCGACUAGUCAUUGAGCAAAAAGACUGCAGUACUCCACUUUGGUGUAAAUAUUUGCUGACUCGCGUCGCUCGCUUGGUGUGAACGCUUUAUUUAUGAAUGAUUGUUGUUAGCCUAUCAGCUCCCAGACCUCCUGCUUAGCCCCGCCCCACUCUGGCAACAUCCGUACCAUAUCACAAGUAUUGCAGUAAUUGCAGUAUCGCAAUGUUUAUACUACCAUGGCCAUAGUAUUACGAUACUUUGAAAUGGAUGACUUUCGGUAUCAGCGUUGCGAUAUCGUUGUGUGCCAUAAGUCUACCAUUGUCAUUCAUGUAUCACGAUACCAUGGUCAUCAAUAUGGAAAUAUUGUGACUAUAUGUACUGUCACUGAUGUCCACGUAUCAUGAUACCGUUGUCACUGAUGUCCAGGUAUCAUGAUACUAUUGUCGUCAUCAAUGUAGAAAUAUUGUGAUACUACUGUCAUUGGUGUUGAAGUAUUGCGAUACCAACAUCACCAAUUUCCAAGUAUCACGAUAACAAUGUCAUCAAAGUCCAAGUAUCAUGAUACCAUUGUCGUCAGUGCCCAAAUAUCAUGAUACCAAUGUUAUCAAUGUCCUAGUAUCGUGAUACUAUUGUCAUUGAUGUCCAAUUAUUGCAAUACUAUUGUCAUAAAUGUGAAAAUAUUGCAAUACCAUUGUCAUUGAUUUUGAAGCAUCGCAAUACCAUUUUCACCCAUGUCCAAGUAUCAUGAUACCAUUGAUGUUUAAGUAUCAUGAUACCAUUGUCAUUGAUGUUUAAGUAUCAUGAUACCAUUGUCAUUGAUGUUUAAGUAUCAUGAUACCAUUGUCAUUGAUGUCCAAGUAUCAUGAUACCAUUGUCACCUUUGUCCAUGUAUCAUGAUUCCAUUGUCACUGAUGUCCAAGUAUCAUGAUACCAUUGUCACUGGUGUCCAAGUAUCAUGAUACCAUUGUCACUGGUGUCUAAGUAGCAUUAUAUGGAUGUCCAAGUAUCAUGUUACCAUUGUCACCGAUGUCCAAGUAUCAUGAUACCAUCUUCACUGAUGUCUACAUAUCAUGAUACCAUUGUCACUGAUGUCCAAGUAUCAUGAUACCAUUGUCACCUUUGUCCAUGUAUCAUGAUUCUAUUGUCACUGAUGUCCAAGUAUCAUGAUAUGGAUGUCCAGGUAUCAUGUUACCAUCGUCACUGACGUCUACAUAUCAUGAUACCAUUGUCACUGACGUCUACAUAUCAUGAUACCAUUGUCACCGAUGUCCAAAUAUCAUGAUACUGAUGUCUAAGUAUCACGAUACCAUUGUCACUGAUGUCCAAGUAUCAUGAUACUAUUGUCACUGAUGUCAAAGUAUCAUGAUAUGGAUGUCCAAGUAUCAUGUUACCAUUGUCACCGAUGUCCAAGUAUCAUGAUACCAUUGUCACCGAUGUCCAAGUAUCAUGAUACUGAUGUCCAAGUAUCACGAUACCAUUGUCACAGAUGUCCAAGUAUCAUGAUAUCAUUAUCACCGAUGGCCAAGUAUCAUGAUACUGAUGUCUAAGUAUCACAACACCAUUGUCACUGAUGUCCAAGUAUCAUGAUACCGAUGUCCAAGUAUCCUGAUACCGAUGUCCAAGUAUAGCGAUACGGUGAUGGAGGCGGGCCAAGCAGGCGCUGGUAGUUGACUGUUGUUUAAAGGUGCAAUAUUUAUAAAGAUGUUUGUUGUUUGUUUGCUGUUGCCAGAAGUUGAUUUGAAAUCCGUAUCGUUUUCCAUAAGCACAUUUUUCAUUCUGUCUUGAUCAUUUCCACUUUUUGCUGUUUUUAAGGAUUUUUUUAUUUGCUGGAACACAAAGCAGUUGAUGGAUGGAUGGUUGGAUGGAUGGCCUGGUGAUCGACCAUCAUCCAUUCAUCCUGGAUCAUGGCCUUCUGGCCUCCUGCUGCUUCAAUGUCUUUAGAAGGACAGGCGUCCAUCAUCCAAGGCACUGCCCCCAUCCCCCUUUCAAAUCAUGUUGUACAUAUUUAAGACAAGGACACUUUUAUCGGAACUUGUCUAUUUUCUUCCCCCAUAUUGGGGCAUUUCCCCCCUGGAGGAGAUCCCGCGGUGAUUUACAAAAUGUCAACCUUGUCCUGUUUGUAUUUGAAAUAAAGCUUUUCUCU